AUGAAUCAUUCUUAUAAUAAUCCUUUCGCCGCCGCCGCUCCCGCCGCCGUGCCUCCUGCGCCCGACCUCAGAAUCCAAUUCGGAUCCAUUUACAUUCCCAAGCAAAACUCGUUCGGACCACAAGGAGAAGACGCUCACUUCAUUUCCACACCAGACAAAGUCUUCGGAGUCGCGGACGGCGUCGGCGCUUGGGCAGAGGAAGGCAUCGACUCUGGCGAGUACGCCAGAGCAUUGAUGGCGAACUGCGCCGCCGCGGCAAAGGCGGACGUCGAUGCGGAUCCAAGGAGGAUUCUUACGAAAGGCUUCAUGAAAACGACGAAGAUUCUCGGAUCCUCAACAGCCUGUAUUAUGGCACUGAGAGGCAAUGCCUUGAAAGCAGCGAACAUAGGCGAUAGCGGAUUCAUGAUCUUCAGAGAGAAGAAGCUAAUCUUCGUAUCGGUAUCGCAACAGCACCGAUUCAACUGUCCUUUUCAAUUGAUGGAUGGAUAUUUUCUGGAAUUGCCGGUACAGCCAUGGGAGUGCAGAGUGGAGGUUUGGCCGGGAGAUAUCGUGGUGGCCGGUACGGAUGGGUUAUUGGACAACGUUUUCGCGAGUGAGAUCGAGAAGGUUCUAAAAGAGGAAGAACGAGUUGACCCGGGGAAAUUAGCAUGGCGAUUGGCUGAGUUAGCGUUGAGGAACUCAGUUGAUAAGCGUAGAACGACACCGUUCUCGGCUGCGGCUAGAAGGGCGGGGUUGUGGUGUGAGGGAGGGAAGAUUGAUGAUAUUACGGUAAUUGUUGGACACGUUCAAGAAGCCAAAGCUAAGUAUUCGCGAACCUAA